ACGAACGUUCCUUUUAAGACCGCUUUAUUCUGAAGGGAUGUUGGGGGCGGGGCCUAAGGCCCCCACCAGGAACACGUGACUCGGUACGAGGAAAACAUGCAUCCUCCUCUUCAUCGCCAUCAUCAUCAUCCUCGACUGAAGACCACACGCGCGGCUGCCUCAUCAUCAUCUUCCUCUCCCGCGCUGAGGCCGCCGGCGGUUCCGGUCCGGAUCGUCGGCUCGGCGGUUUGGGGGUCGGGCGCGUGCACUGCGUGACCAAGAUGGUGUACGCGUCCACCAACACGGUGGCCAUGGAGCGCACGCUCUUUGCUCCCGCCUUUUCCUAUCCCGUGUCCUUCAACUACUCGGAGCGGGAAAACUCAACGGUCCCGAGCAGCUCGGCCACGCCCACCAACGUGACCUCCUCCCCUUCGUCGUGGCUGAGCCGCCCGCAGGAGGAGCUGACGUCGGGCGAGGUGGCGGCGCUGGCGCUGGCGUUCGGGGCGGUGUGGCUGGUGUCCAUCUUGGGAAACUCGCUGGUGUGCGUGGUGAUCCACCGCAGCCGCCGCACGCAGUCCACCACCAACUACUUCGUGGUGGCCAUCGCCUGCGCCGACCUGCUGGCGAGCGUGGGCGGCGCUCCCCUGGUGCUGGUCCAGGUGGCGUGGGGCCGGUGGCCUCUGAGCGCCGAGGCGUGCAAGGCGGUGCGCUACGUGCAGCACCUGUGUCCCGGCGUGCAGGUGUACGUGUUGCUGUCCAUCGCCGUGGACCGCUUCUACACCAUCGUGUACCCGCUCAGCUUCAAGGUGUCCCGCGAGAAGGCCAAGAAGAUGAUCCUGGCCUCGUGGCUCUUCGACGCCGCCUUUGUGGCGCCGUGCGUUUUUUUCUACGGGUCCACGGCGCCCGGCGGCCACCACUGCCACUUCUUCCUCCCGGACAGCUGGGGCGCCGUGGCCUACGCCGCCGUGCACCUGCUCUUCGGCUUCGCCCUCCCGGCCGGCCUGAUCGCGUCCUUCUACCAGCGCGUGGUCCGCUACAUCUGGAGGAUCGGCGUCGACGGCCACACGGUGCGGCGGACCACCAAUGCGGUCCCACGGACCAAGGUGAAGACCAUCAAGAUGUUCCUCAUGCUCAACUGGGUCUUCUUCGUCACGUGGACCCCCUUCUACAUGGCCCAGUUGUGGCACCCCAGGGAGGCGGAGGGCGGCGGCCGGCGGGGGCUGCUCUUCUUCGCCGCCGUGGCCUGGAUCUCCUUCAGCUCGGCGGCGUCCAAGCCCACCUUGUACUCGGUCUACAACGCCAACUUCAGGCGGGGCAUGAGGGAGACCUUCUGCAUGUCCUCCAUGAAGUGUUACCGUAGCAACGCCUACACCAUCACAGCCAGCUCGCGCCUGGCCAAGAAGAACUACGUGGGCGUGGUGGACGUGCCCGUGCACACCAAGACGGGGGCCAAGGACCACUUUGACCCCACAGACAAGAAGGUGGCAUGGACCGCCAGCGGAAACCCCCACAACACCUUCGUCUGACUAGCUAGCUGCUA